UCGAACGGCAUUCAUUUUAUGUGGCCUUGGCUAAACGACUCCAUAUCUUUCUCUCUCUAGAUUAUCGCUUCACCUCCGUCGUUCAAAUCCCUCCCUUAUUUGUCCAAAAUCCACAGUUGUUCGAUAGCAAACUGUAACGCUUAUCAACUCAACCAAGGAGUCUUGAAAGAUUUCUAGCUCAACAGUCUCUCUUUAUCUCCAAAAUAAAUUUAGUAAAUGAGCUGUUGAUUGGCACAGUUUCUGCUCUUCCUAUCUUUCUCUGCAUGCUUCUUUCUCUCCUUGUCUUAAAUGCUUCAAGUUUAAUUCAAUGAGAUUGCUUCGCUGUAGAAAUGGCUUUUGCUGCUUCUUCGUCAGUGUCCUUGGAAUUCGUGAAUGUCUGUAAAUUGUCGAAAGCAGACGGUAACGGUAGAUAUGACUGUAGUGUACUGUCUUGUGCGUGGAAAGCUCCUAGAAUCUUGACAGGUUUUCUUGCAACCACUGCGUCUUCCAGUCAGUAUUCGACAUUGUUGUCUGGGCAAAAUGGCAGAAGGAAUCAGUUCAAUUCUAAAUGUGAAGUCUUCGAUAUAGGAAGGAAUUAUUCUACGGAAGCCUUUGGAUCUGCUCUCGAUGGGGGAUUCUUUAGAACUAGAUUACUUAAUAUUGCUGGUCAAAGAUGGCAACUAUUUUGUGCUUCAUCCAGUUCCUCAGGUGAUUUGAAUGAGGUUUCGCCUGAAAGAUUGUGGGAGGAUCUUAAGCCUACUGUUUCAUACCUUUCACCAAAAGAAUUGGAAUUGGUCCAUAAUGCUCUUCAGCUGGCUUUCGAGGCACAUGAUGGUCAAAAAAGACGAAGUGGAGAGCCAUUCAUCAUUCAUCCAGUAGAAGUUGCACGAAUUCUAGGAGAACUUGAGUUGGAUUGGGAGUCUAUUGCUGCUGGAUUACUCCAUGAUACUGUCGAAGAUACAAAUGUUGUUACUUUUGAAAGAAUAGAGGAGCAAUUUGGUCCCACUGUACGCCACAUUGUAGAAGGAGAGACCAAGGUAUCUAAAUUGGGAAAAUUAAAGUGUAAGAAUGAAAGUGAUUCAGUACAAGAUGUAAAAGCUGAUGAUCUGCGACAGAUGUUUAUUGCUAUGACAGAGGAGGUUCGUGUUAUUAUUGUCAAAUUAGCUGACAGGUUACAUAACAUGCGCACUCUUUCACAUAUGCCUCCACAUAAGCAGUUCAGCAUUGCAACAGAAACACUUCAGGUCUUUGCUCCUCUUGCAAAAUUGCUAGGAAUGUAUCAAAUCAAGUCUGAGCUUGAAAAUCUGUCAUUCAUGUACACAAACCCAGAAGAUUAUGCUAUGGUCAAAAGGAGGGUUGCAGACCUAUAUAAAGAACAUGAGAAAGAGCUGGCGGAGGCAAACAAAAUUUUGAAGAAAAAGAUCGAGGAGGAUCAGUUCCUAGAUCUUAUGACUGUGAAGACUGAAGUUCGCUCUUCGUGCAAGGAACCUUACAGUAUCUACAAAGCUGUGCUUAAAUCUAAAGGAUCAAUCAAUGAGGUUAAUCAAAUUGCACAGUUGCGUAUUAUCAUAAAUCCAAAGCCAUGUGUUGGAGUUGGGCCUCUGUGCACUCCACAGCAAAUAUGUUACCAUGUUCUUGGCUUGGUCCAUGGAAUCUGGACCCCUAUUCCUAGAGCUAUGAAGGAUUAUAUUGCAACCCCAAAGCCUAAUGGUUAUCAAAGUCUUCAUACAACUGUCAUACCAUUUCUAUAUGAGAGCAUGUUCCGACUGGAGGUUCAGAUCAGAACUGAAGAAAUGAAUCUGAUAGCUGAGAGAGGCAUUGCUGCUCAUUAUAGUGGGAGAGUCUUUGUUACAGGUUUAGUUGGACAUGCAAUGCCUAAUGGUAGAAGUUCAAGAGGGAAGGCAGUCUGUCUUAACAAUGCAAACAUUGCACUUAGGAUUGGCUGGCUUAAUGCAAUUAGAGAAUGGCAAGAGGAGUUUGUCGGCAAUAUGAGCUCUAGAGAAUUUGUAGAUACCAUCACUAGAGAUCUUUUAGGCAGUCGUGUCUUUGUCUUUAGUCCAAGGGGAGAGAUAAAAAAUUUGCCCAAAGGGGCAACUGUGAUUGACUAUGCUUAUAUGAUCCAUACUGAAAUUGGCAACAAGAUGGUGGCUGCAAAGGUCAAUGGUAAUCUUGUCGCUCCAAUGCAUGUACUUGCUAAUGCAGAAGUUGUGGAGAUAAUCACCUACAAUGCACUCUCUAGUAAAUCAGCUUUUCAGAGGCAUAAGCAAUGGCUGCAACAUGCAAAAACACGUAGUGCCAGGCACAAAAUUAUGAAAUUUUUAAGGGAGCAAGCUGCACUAUCUGCUGCGGAAAUAACAGCAGACUCAGUAAAUGACUUUAUAGCUGAUUCUGAAGAGGAGAACGAGAUAGAAGAUCUCUCACAUAAUGUUGAGUGUAACAGGCCUCCAUGGGAUAAAAUCUUUACAAAUAUUGGGGAAAAGUCAUCAAAAGCAAAAUAUUCUGAAGAUCUCCUCACUCCUAAAAACGGAAGUGUUUGGGUUCCCAAAGUCAAUGGGAAACAUAAUAAGCAUGUGCAGUCUGUGAGUUUGGAGGCCAAGGGAGAGAUGUCAUCUCAGGGAAAUGGCGUUUCCUGGACGCUACAAUCUAACAUGCCAAUGUACAAGGAAGUCUUGCCUGGUUUAGAAAGUUGGCAUGCCAGCAAAGUUGCUUCCUGGCACAGUCUCGAAGGGCACUCGGUCCAAUGGUUUUCUGUGGUAUGCAUUAAUCGAAAAGGCAUGAUGGCUGAGGUUACAACAGCAUUGGCAACUGUUGGCAUAGCUAUAUGUUCCUGUGUGGCUGAAAUUGACCGAGGAAGGGGAAUGGCUGUGAUGUUGUUUCAUGUUGAAGGGAACUUUGAAAAUUUGGUUAAUGCCUGCUCAAGCGUGGAUUUGAUUUUGGGUGUUUUGGGAUGGUCUAUGGGUUGCAGCUGGCCUAGCUCAUUGGAAAACCCCCAAUGUCAUGAUUGCUAAUUAAUCCGUCGACCCCCAUGUAGUUCACCCAGCUGUUGCAGCUUGGGACGAAGUUUUGCCCCGUGAAAACUGAGAUUCUGGUGUUCAUACGUUUUGGAUAAUUAGCUCAAUAUUUUUCAUCUAUUUGUUGGACAGCCAUAACAAAAUAAGCCAGCAGCAGAAAAAUGCGCCACAUCUGUCUGUCUGGAAAUUUCAGGGCGUUGUAUAUAGAGAAAAAAGAGUGGUAGUUAGCACAUACACUUGUAAAGCUUCUUGCCAAAGAGAGCAAGUGAAACCCUUAUACCAUAGAUUUUAAGAAUUCAUGUCAUAUACAUAUAUAUACAUAUUAUUUUUUGUCAUCUACUUUUACCUA